AUGCACCCCCAACCAACAAUAAUGAACAACCUCCGAGAACUAAGCCAAGACAUCCUCACAGGAAUGAGCACCGAACGCGCCAUGAAAGCCUACUUCCGCUCCAGACCCUUACUACUACUAGACUCCGAGUCCACAUACGAAUCGAAAGAACUAACGAGACUAGUAACCAAUUUCCACGCGGGAAAUCUUUCCUCGCAGGAGAGGAGGUAUCUUCGACAUAUCCUCCGCGCCCGCCUAGAUCUACACAGACGAGUGAAUAGAUACCCCAAGAUAUUGGAUAUGAACUAUCUACCUCCCAUCGAAGAAUGGCGGGAAGAGUCACUUGCACUUAUGGGGCUGCUUUUCACUCGGGAGGAGUUUCAGAACGUUUAUUUUCUUGUUAUUGAGUCCGGUUUGUUGAAUAUCCCUCCUGAUGAGGCCGGGCAGAACACUCUUUAUUAUUUGAAACCGGCGCAGUAUAUUGCGGCUGCGUUUUGCGUGGCUGGGUAUGAGUUGAGCGAUGUUGAGUUUGCUAUUGAGAAAAUGUGGGGGUUGUAUAAUCCGCGGGCAGUCUAUGUGCGCUCUCAUAAGUGCCGGUUUGGGGAGAGAUUGGGGUGGAAGAGCGUUGUUUCAAAGGAAUUAGACCACGACGAGUUUCAAGAUGUGAAAAGUAAUAAGAAUUCUUUGAAAAAGUGGUUGAGGGGACUGAAACGUUUUGGAGACUUGGUGCCUAAGGGCUUGGGUAGCGCUGUUGUGGUCUAG